GGCUAAGGUAAACGUCAAAUUGGCAAAAGCAUCAGCGAUGUUUAUCGUCACGAAAGAGAUUGACAGCGAGAAUAUUAGCAAAUUAUGUCGCACGUGCCUCAGAGAAGACGGGGAGAAAAUGGUCUGCCUAUUCGUCGGGCCGGCCGGCUCGUCCCUCGCUGCAAAACUGCGAUCACUGUCCUGCUUGGAGGUAUGGCAAGGUGAUGGUCUACCAGAGAAAAUGUGCGAUCGGUGCGUUACCAGGGCUGAAUCUGCGCUGCUCUAUAGGGAACAAUGUCGCGCUGCGGAUAUUGCGCUUAGACAAGCCGCCGAUAAGGUGUCAGGAUUAACAUCAUACUCGACAGUAGCUGGCUGCAAGUUGUAUCAACAGAACCAGGGUUACAUGCCAAAUGAAACUUAUCGCAAGAUAUUGAAAUGCCUCGAAUGCAGCGCAGUUUUUGUAAAUUACGAAGAGUUGUGCGCGCACAAUAGACUGCACGUCUCUUCAGUCCACAACACGACCCCAGUGCAGCACAUGCACAUAGUCGAGCCUCGGAAUACAUAUUUCAACAUGAAUAAUUUGAAUGGUAAUUUGGCUGCAGACGAUGAAAACGGUGUGUCAUCUAUACUGAGGUCCAACUUAAUGCAUGUGACACAAGUCAACGACGAGGAACCGAGUAGAGCAGCGUGCGCCUUGCAUUGUUCGCUUUGUAAUCACACAUUCACAAACAGGACCCAAUUAAUCAGUCACAACUUUACUCACAGCUCCGACAACAUCGAUAUGUCUUCUGGCGAUAAUACAAACAUAGAAGUUAGCGAAGAUUCGAACCAAAUAGCACAGAACUUGAGCUACGAUAGAACGGUGAAUCAAACGGCUGACAAUUCGAUACAGAAUUUAUCCUUCUCCAGGCAGGUUGUAGACAGUUCUAGGAAACUUGGGAAUGUCGAUUUUUCCAGCAGUGAACCUCUCGUCGAUGUACAGGAGAACACAGAGCAAGUGGGGAACUCAUCGAUGCGCGGAUCUUUUCAAUGUCUUGAUGCUGCAACGAUUCCACUUCCUGAAAAUCUUGUAUUUUCCGGUAAAGUAUCUGAAAACGAGACAGUGAACGCGAUGCCUAAGUAUAAAAAGCACAAAUGCCUUCUGUGCCCAAAGUCCUUUGCACAGAAGUCAAAAUUGUUGACUCAUCAGUUGUCUCACACCGGUGUGAGACCCUUCAAGUGCUCGAUAUGUGACAAAGCUUACACCUCCAAAAGCAAAUUGAACGCCCAUGUGAGAUUGCAUACAAAGACGAACGUGCAUGUGUGCACAAUAUGUAGCAAACCAUUUGCUUUUGCUUCUUAUCUGGAGGAUCAUUUGAGGAGUCACAAAUUUGGUACGGAAAAGGUGAACCCUGAAAAGGCAGGUCCGUUUGAGUGCAACGUCUGCAAGAAGAAGUUUCGUUUCCUCAAAAACUUCAAGGCUCACUUACGGCUGCAUACGGGUGAAAAUUUAGUCCAGUGCGAGUAUUGCGACAAGCGUUUCAGUCAGAAGUACAACUUGAAAGUACAUCUGGAAUCGCACAAAGAUCUGAAAGCACAUAAGUGCGAAUUUUGCGAAAAAAGCUUCAAUCAACACGGUAACUUGGUCGAGCAUUUGAGAAUCCACAAAAAACUUAAGCCUUACAAGUGCGAUUUAUGUAGCAAAUCCUUCUCGCAGUCGAGUCACCUGAAAAAUCAUAAAGCAUCCCACAACUCCGAAAGAGAUCAUUCUUGCAGAUUAUGCGGGAAGAAAUUUAAACUGUCUAGUCAUCUCAAGAGGCAUUUGGACCUGCACAGUGGUAGGAAAUCAUUCAAGUGUGGUGAGUGCAAUCAGAUGUUUUCCCAAGCGUUCAGUCUAAAGAGACACUUGAAGAGACACGCCGAGACCCAUAGCUGAACUCCACGAAAAGACUAGUAAAUAUAACGCGACUGUUUUACCGAAUCAAUCGAAUACUGUGAUUAAUAUAUAUAUAUACAUACGCAAGCUGUGGCAAUAUA